AUAUUGGGCAUUGUGAUGUUCUGUUAUCGAAAGCAUCUUGUGGCGCCACUUAUCGGUUAUCGCCGCUAUUUUGUUAACAACAAAAGCGUAAACAACAUGUGCGAAUCGGUUACUCCGGCGGAUCAGCGCAAUGUGGAGGUGAAGGCACGGAUUCCGGGUGGAUCUGAGGGCUUCGAGCAGCGCCUAAUCCUGGCCAGAAACCUGAGCGGCAGUCAGGAUGCGCAGUUAAUCGAGCAGAGGGACGUCUUCUUUGAAUCUCCGCUGAGUGGACGCCUUAAAUUGCGCUACUUACAGGCGCCAUCGCGCUCCCAAUUGGUCUACUACGAUCGUCCCGAUGUGGCCGGUCCCAAGCUUUCCAAGUUCAACAAGACGGAGGUGGACGAACCGGAGGUGCUGGAGAAGAUCCUGCGCCAGUCGAACGGCGUCCUUGGUGUCCUGGCCAAGCGACGGCACUUGUUCCUUUGCGGACAGACGCGCAUCCACCUGGACGAGGUAAAGGAUCUGGGCCACUUCAUGGAGCUGGAGGUGUGCCUGACAGAGGAACAAACCCUCGAGGAGGGCCAAGCCAUCGCCGAGAAACUGUCCAGGGAACUGGGUAUCCAGGAGGCGGACCUCAUGACCGGCUCGUAUUUCGAUGCUCUUAGAAAGCUCAAUCAUUAAUCAUUCAUUAAUAUUCAUCCUCAUUAGGAUUGGUUCCUUACCCAAAAAAUGGGACUCUACCUUGUAUCAUAGAAUUACCCACAUUUGUUAUCCAUAAAACAUUCUGUGAGGCAAACAUAAAAUA